UAUAUACUAGUUACGCUGCUCCGGGAUCUAAAGGGUAGGCCUUAUCGGGUAUUACUAGAGUUUACUUUUAAAUUUAUAAAGGAAAUACUAACUUUAGUAAGGAAUACUUUCCUUCUCCCUAAAAUUAUAUUUAAUAACUUGUGCGGGCCACUAACUUAUAGAUUACGUUAUAUCUUCCUUCUUAGAAUACUCUUCUGCGAUAGAGCGUUCGCACUAUAUAAUCUAAUAUCUAAAGAAGAGUUAAGCAGGCUCUAUAUUCCACUAGGGCGUAAUAAGCUACUAUUACCCCUAAAUAGGAAACUAGAUAAAAUCCCGGUGCUUCGGCAACCUAUAAAAACCCUAAAUAGCUAA